CACUAGUGGGCGCACGUCUUAGAAACAGUAUCACUUUCAGUUUGGAAGAAAAGACCGUGGGGUGCGUCUGAAGCUGCUCACAACGUCGUCCCGACCCCAACAUGACGUCCCCUACCACCAGCCUGAUGGACAGAGAGGAGCCCACUGAAACAAGAGACAAUUCUAACGUAAUGUAUCCGCAUAGCGACCAGAGUGCUGGAAGUAAAACCAGUUCACAGGAUUCAGAGACUAACGCCGAGGCGGUUCCUAAAGGGGAAAACAAUUCUAACGACCAGAGUACUGGAAGUAAUGAUGCUGAAGAGGUUCCUAAUGGGACUCCCCAGAAGAAGGAUACAACUGUAGCCACCGUUCAUCUGAAGGUAGUCUGGCCAGAGGGAGAACCUCCACCCAAGUGGGAGACAGAACUUCAAAAAGCUCUGCAGAGUUGGUUCAACAAAAACCCCCAAAACAGAGUCGCCACCGAGUGCUCAAAGCUAACUGGUCAAAUGGAUGGUAGUGUGAGGCUGGAGAUAACACCGGCUACAGGGCAGGAGGACCUGUUCACUGAGGACACCCAGCUGACCCUGAGGGACCAGACAACAGCCAAUGUGAGGCGUCUUAAUGGGGGUGGUUCUUUCUCAAAGAACAACAAUUCUAACGACCAGAGUACUGGAAGUAAAACCAGUUCACAGGAUUCAGAUCAACCUGAUGCUGAAGAGGUUCCUAAUGGGACUCUAAAGAAGAAGGAUAAACCUGUAGCAACCAUUCAUCUGAAGGUAGUCUGGCCAGGGGGAGACCCUCCACGCAAGUGGGAGACAGAACUAAAAAAAGCUCUGCAAAUUUGGUUCGACAAACACCAAAAAAACAGAGUCACCACCAAGUGCUUAAAUCUAACUGAUCAAAAAGAUGGAAGUGUGAGGCUGGAGCUAAUACCGGCUACAGGGCAGGAGGACCUGUUCACUGAGGACACCCAGCUGACCCUGAGGGACAAUAAGACAACAGCUAGUGUGAGGCGUCUGAAUGGGGGUGGUUCUGCUCCAGUAACCCAUGACACCCACCCUCCUUGGUUAAUCCCAUCUGCACCACCUGAGCCUGUGAGCUGCACUGUACCGCUGGCCCACUUCUGGUACGUGAACCAGGUCUACAGAGAGGAAAUGAAACGCAUCGAGGAAGAUAACGGAGUUCAUAUCCAAAAGGACGUGAUGGUGUCCUUCACUGGAGCAGACCCAGACAAGGCUCUCUCUGAAUUCACCGAUCUGGUCCAGUCUUGUUUAGGAGACUCCACAUGCUUCUCUUACUCCCAUGGGCCCGGUCAAGUGGCCUGGGAGAAAGCCCUUCAACUCAUCCAGCAGGGUCGAGAGAAUCUCACGCUUACCGUGUCACCCCAUGAGGUGGAGGUGUGUGGGCCGAUGAAAAGCCUGAAGACUUUCGAAACCAUUUCAAAAAUGCAAAAGAAAAUCCUUAAUACUCCGGUUCCUGGUCCGUCAUCUGCAGGGGAAGCUCAAGGAAGAUCACAAAGGGUCAGCAUGAACUUCAGAGACCCUCUGCGCAGCUCUGGUUUAGCAAUUGAUCAAUUACAUUGGGUUGUAAUAACUACCCUCUUUAAGACAAAGUUGGCUGAACUUGAAAACAGGUUUGGGGUGAAAUUUUGUUACAUACAGGAUAAAGUCAAGGCAAGAGCUGAAAUUAAAUCCAAAGACGCCUUUACCCCGGAGAGCCACGCCCUCAGAGCUCUUCUGUGUCUGUACCAGAGAGUGGCCACCUCGGUGUUGAGUUGCUCCCUGCAGAGGCAGAGCGAGAGCUACCUAGUGGAGAAGAGACUGGCUGGAAUCCAUGGGGUCGUCCCUGAUUUACGUGGGGAUCAGUUGAGGAUCAUCGGCCUGCCAGAGGACCUGCGCCGGGCUGUUGACCUCAUCGAGAGUGACCUAGGAAGUCCCGUCUUCAGGGAGGAGGACAAGCAGAGGAUUGGACACCUGAGAUAUGGAGUCGACUCCAGCGGAGGAAGUGACAUGGCAGGGGGCGCACCCCCAGUGAGGGGGGCCUCAGGAGCUGAAGAAGAAGAAGACAAGUGUCCUGUUUGCAUGGAUAAAUUUACAAACAGGACAACGCUGCCGUGCAACCACGCGUUGUGCAAAGAAUGUCUGGAAAACUUAGUGACAAAGAUGGGACCCACCUGUCCGAUAUGUAAAGCUAUUUUUGGAGAAAUAACGGGAGACCAGCCUGACGGAAGUAUGACAUAUGAAACUCAACGUACUUCACUCCCAGGUUUCUGGAGAUAUGGCCAUAUAUUGAUAAAAUAUGAGAUUCCUUCUGGAAAACAGACGACCCGACACCCCAACCCUGGGAGGCCAUAUCGUGGCACCCAGAGAUCAGCGUACCUCCCAGACAACAGAGAAGGCAGGGAGGUGCUGACGUUACUGCAGAGAGCCUUCGACAAGAAGUUGAUCUUCACGGUGGGGACCUCCGUUACCUCUGGGUCUGAGAACCAGGUCACCUGGAACGACAUCCACCACAAGACCAGCAUCGGUGGAGGCCCAACGAGCUUUGGGUAUCCAGACCCCGACUACCUUCGGAGGGUGAAGGAGGAACUGAAGGCGAAAGGCAUCGAGUGAAGUCCUCUCAUGAGAGAAACAUCUGUAUCAUUUGAAGAUCCAAUCUGUGUCACUUAAACAAAUCAAACCUUGAAUGUAUCUGUAUUUUGAAUUGAAACAGGGAAUGUCUCAUAUAGGGCAAAUGGUUUAAUGGGAAUGAAUAUCUUGCUGAUUGUUAGGUGGAAAGGUUUGUUGAAUGCGAAUAUAUAUCUACACUAGAAAUUAUGUUAAAUUAAGAAGAGCUGGCUUCAACCGUACAAUACUGUUAGCACCUUUAAAAUAUCAGCGCAGACUGUAAAAGUAGACAACCAUUGUUUACUAUUCAGUUUCUCAUUGUAGUUGAUUCACAUAAAUAACUGCCUUUUUAUGUGGAAAGUAUUGUAGUCAAAUUUAAACAAUUUAUGCUUAAAAAUACGAACCAAUAACAAAUCAGAUGUGUGUUUGUGUGUGUGUGUGUAUUAACUAAAUAUUUGCAUGUUGGUGAUUGAAGUUGAUUGAACAUUUAAAGUGUGAUAAUUGCAUCGAUCAAAGAUAAUCAAAACAUGAUAGCAUAGCAGUGUGGCUUCUUAAUGUUCUCAUUACAUUAUCCAAUAAAGCCAGAUGAUAGACAAUUCUCUUUUACGUUUUGUUUCAUCCUGUCCAACCUGGAGUACGUUGCUAAUCCGGUCUGCAAGUCAUGAUAGCUCAUGAUGCUCUCUGGGUGUGUAACGAACCAUGUGGGCGUGUCACUUGCUCUCUGGGCGUGUAUCACCUUACGCACAUUGGGCCCUAUUUUAACAGGCUGAAACGCAAGUGAGAAGCGCCAAACGCAAGUAGCUUUGUGGGCGGUUCUAUGGCGAUGUUGCUAUUAUACCGGCAGAUAAAUGACUCUUGAACCCGACGCAAAUCUAAAAAGGGUUGCCCUGAAAUAGCCUAAUACCCGUAGGUGUGGUUUGGGCGUAUAAAUAAACCAACGAGAGUUCCAUCUCUAAUCCCCUUUAAGAGCAAUGCAUUUGAUACUGACGAGUUGAUAUUUUGAUAGAGCGUUUGCAGUCUCUGAUGAGACAGGUGCAUUACUUGACCACAUGAAUUUCAAACGUCAAAUGGCCCAGUUUAUGGCCAAAUAAUAUGGCCUCAUUCACGGAUGCAGACACGCGCCCGCAUUCAUUAAUUAUCUUACACAUACACACACGUGCCCCCUUAUUCAUUCAUUCUUAUUAACACUCACUAGCAAUAAAACAAUGUUUUCAAACAAUCAAAUACUCAUCAAUCCUUAAAGUUAUGGGCUUGUACACGAAAAUAUGUGUACACGAAAAUAUGUGUUUGCUGUACGGUGUUUUGCAGAUGCAUUGAUUUAAAAGUACAACUUAUUACCGCUGUACCGCUUUAAACCAGCUAUUUCCUGGUUUGUGGCGGAAUUGUUUUCUGAAACUGCAAAAUAGCACCAGGGAACUUUUGCGCCAGAACACGCCUCCUCCUUUUGCUGAACCGUCCCUUGGGGCGCAAGAUCAUUCCCUUAUAGUGACGCGUGCUAGUGGAGGGAAAAGAACGCUCCGCGCCAGUUGCAAACUAGCAACGACACAUGCGUCGGUGUAGAAAGUCAAUUGCGCUGGAUGCAAGAUAGGGCCCAUAGUAUUGUAGCGAAUGUCAAAAGCAGAGGCGUUAUAUUCUUUCAGUGACUUUAUUGAAUCGUUUCAAGAGUACACCUCCAAGACCUAACUCAACAGAGCACUUGACAUAGCAGUCUUCACUAGUGUUGGCUCGUUCGUUCGCGAACCGGUUCGAAUUAACGAGUCUUUAGGACGAAAGAACUGAACCGGUUCGUCUCUCUCGUUCGUUCGGUCGUCUCUUUCACCAUUCGAUUCACCGGAAACUCGACUGAACUGGGAGGAGUCGUUCACGAAUCGUAUGAUCGUUCAGCCUGGUUUUCGGUAGCGGUAAAUCGCACCAUGGAAUGGACCCCAUUGAACGGUUCUCAGCUUAGUCAGUCAGACUCAGUGGAGUUAGUGCUACCGGAAACUCGACUGAACGAACGAACGAACGAUUCGUGAACGACUCCUCGUGGCAAACUGAAUCACGCGAACUGGGUCACGGAAACGAAUCAUUAAAUCCACCAGUAGUCUUCACUCACUCCUCACUAACUGACUUCCCCAAGCAAAGCAUGAUGGGAACACAUAUUAACCAAUAGUAGUGGUAUAAAUAACACAACAAACAUAGCCCCGGCGCUAUAGUAUGCUGUACGUCCUGGCACUCAAAAAUAGUACUUAGCAUUGUGUAGCAUCUUAUCCUAGCUAUCUUUGUUGUAUACGGGUAAUGGGUUAACCUAGCAAUUGUAAGUGCUUGGCACUCGGUACUACGAACAUCCUUGCUGGACCGACAGCGAUAUGUUGUUGUUUCUCUUUCUUCUGACAAAUGUACUGAUUGUAAGUCGCUUUGGAUAAAAGCGUCUACUAAAUGCCCUAAAUUUAAGUUUAAAUGUUACUAAUUUGGAAGGGUGGAAAUGAAAUGUAUCAUCUGCCUUGUUUGGCUUUGUGUGUGUGCGUCUGUGCGUGCGUGUGUCGCCACUAGUGGGCGCACGUCCUUGCAACACUUUCACUUUCAGUUUGGAAGAAAAGACCAGGGUGUGUCUGAAGCUGC